UCACUCUGUAGUGUGGUAAAAAAAAAAAAAAAAAAAAAAAAAAAAAUCCCAUCUCAUCAAUUGCACGAGCUUUAAGAAUUUAGAAAAAAAAAAACCAGGAUGAGGAGAUAUGGAAACCAGGAGCAGAACUCUCCAGAAUUCCAAGACGAUUCCCCCCUCCCAUCAGAUACGAGCCGAGUGCCCCGCUUUCCGCCGCCCACUUCUUCUUUCUUUAGUCACAGACUUUGACGUGAAGAUGCGAGGCGAGGCGAGGCGAGGCGGGAGACGAUGGGGAGAGAGGCGAGGAAGGGAAAAAAAGAGGCAAAGGGGGAAGGGGACAAAGGAAAUAGCAUCCCCGGAGCUGGAGCUUCGCCGCCUGUCCCGCGAGGGGAGGGUAUCCGUUUCUAUUAUCCGUAUCUCCCCAAAGCUCCUCUCAAGUUAUACAAAUCAUCACCAAAAAAAAAAAAGAUCCACUUCCCUGGAAGCUCGCAGAAUCCGCCCGGACCCUGACUCGGCGAUUGCGCGACGCCAUCCCGCGCGCAGCUACUAUAACUCGAGCGCCCGUCCCUCUCUCUGGCCUGGUUCCGGUAACCUCCUUUCCCAUUAAUCCAACAAACAAAGAAGAACAACCAACGAGCUGUUCAACCUAACUAACGCUUUCUCAAGCACUCGACUUCCCUACCUACCCAAACCCAACCACACCAUCGAAAAUGUCUGGUCUCAAGGUCGGCGAGCCGUUCCCCGAGAACGUCUCUUUCCAGUACAUCCCCUACCAGGAGGACACUGCCGACUUCAAGGUCUGCGGUAUCCCCGUCAAGUACGACACCGCCAAGGAGUUCAAGGACAAGAAGGUCGUCAUCGUCUCCAUCCCCGGCGCCUUCACUCCCACCUGCUCCGCCUCCCACCUGCCCGGCUACAUUGAGCACAAGGACGAGCUCA